AUGUCACAUAAUGUCGUUUUCGUCACCGGUGCUACCGGUUCCCAAGGAUCCGCAGUUGCAAGACGACUACUUGAGAUAGGCUGGACCGUACGUACUACGGCUCGCAACAUGGACUCUCCCGCUGCAAAGAGACUCCAAGACCAAGGUGCUGAAAUUACCCCUGGCGACUGGGACAACGAAGCAGUUCUCGGAGAGGUCAUCAGCGGAUGCACACACAUAUUCAUGAAUCUGGUACCAAACAUCACCACGCUCACUUCAGAGGUACCGGCAGCGAAGCGUAUAAUCAACAUAGCGAAGGCAGCUGGCGUCAAACACAUGAUCUACUCCAGCGGUAUGGCUAUCAAAGACAUGGAAAAAGACAAAUACCAUGACCCAGAACACCUUGUUGGACGCGCCCACGGCUGGAAGAAAGAAGUCGAAAAUCUGGUCAAAGACGCUGGCUUCGAGGAGUGGACAAUUCUUCGAGGGGGCUUUUUCAUGUGUAACUUUCUGGCGCCUAAAGUCAAUAUCAUGUGCUCUGGCCUCGUAGCUAGCAACACGUGGUCAACUGCUUACACGCCCGAGGAAGAGCUACCAGUCAUGGACGUCGAGGACCUUGCAAAGUUCGCAGUGGCGGCUUUCCAUGAGCCAAACCGCUUCAAUCAGCAGACCAUCGAAAUUGCAAGCGAGAAGCUCUCGCCUGAUGAGAUCAUGCAACAGCUGGGCGAAGCAAGCGGAAAGCCUUUGAAAGCUGUUUAUAUGACUGAUGAUGAGAUCGCGGUGAAGAAGAAUGAGGAUAUCUUUGUUGCUAUACAGUUGAUGACGAGAGGGUUGGGAAACAAGGUCGAUAUAGGAGAAGUUCGGGGCUGGAGAAUCCCUCUGACAACCUUCAAAGAGUUUCUCGAGAGAGAACGCUCCUGGGUUGAGAGCACUUUCACAUAA